UGUCCAGAGAUUAAGCAACGACAUCAUUAUCAUCCAUAAUGGCAACCCAAGGGUUUAUAAUUUCGCCAGCGAGGAGCUGAAGGAUGUGGCUUGCUCUGUUUGGAUGAUGUGGGAUUGCCUUAAGCAGAAAGCUUAGUGUUUUCGGAUAGCCUUAGCAGCAUCACUGAUGUAGCUCUGCCAGUCCGUUUCCCUAGUAGAGGAGUGUAACGGCAUAAAGGGGGUGAGAGAAAUAUAUUGAAGAGCUGGCAUUUUGAAAGAAGCACACUCAUCUCUUAUCAAUGGAGAGACCUGAUAUUAUAUUUGCUGGCCCAGAAGAUGCCUGAGGGAUAGAUAGCCAAGUGUGAUGCUUUGUUACAAGGCAGGGGAUGCUCCUUGGGAAUAAAAAGGUCAUGCAUCUUGGAGUCGGUGAGCCAUUCCAGUCUCUAAGUCACCAGAGAAAUGAUGAAGAGGCAGUGGUGGACAGAGGAGGAACACGCUCCAUUCUCAAAACACAUUUUGAAAAGGAAGACUUAGAAGGCCACAGGACUUUGUUUAUUGGUGUUCAUGUGCCAUUGGGAGGGAGGAAAAGCCAUCGCCGCCACAGACACCGUGGACACAAACACCGAAAGAGAGACCGAGAACGAGAUUCAGAACUAGAAGAUGGCAGGGAGUCUCCCUCAUUUGACACACCUUCACAAAGGGUACAGUUUAUUUUGGGAACAGAAGAUGAUGACGAGGAACACAUUCCCCAUGACCUGUUCACAGAACUUGAUGAACUUUGCUGGCGUGAAGGAGAGGAUGCAGAAUGGAGGGAGACAGCCAGGUGGCUGAAGUUUGAAGAAGAUGUUGAAGAUGGGGGAGAGAGAUGGAGUAAGCCAUAUGUUGCCACUUUGUCGCUUCACAGUUUGUUUGAAGUGAGAAGUUGUAUCCUCAAUGGCACCGUGUUACUAGACAUGAGGGCAAAUUCUUUAGAAGAAAUUGCAGACAUGAUUCUUGAUCAACAAAUCAGCUCAGGACAGCUCAGUGAAGAUGUCCGACACAGGGUACACGAGGCUUUGCUCAGACAGCACCAUCAUCAAAACCAGAAGAAGCUGAGCAAUAGGAUCCCAAUUGUUCGAUCUUUUGCUGAUAUUGGCAAGAAGCAAUCUGAACCACAUUCCAUGGACAAAAAUGCAGGUCAGCUUGUUUCUCCACAGUCUGCACCAGCAAGCAUUGAAACCAAAAACGAUGUGAGCAGAGAAAACAGCUCUGUUGACUUCAGCAAGGGACUAGGAGACCAACAAAAAGGGCAUAACAAUAGUCUAUUUGGGAUGAAACAAAGACAUGAAAAAGGACAUCCGCAUCAGGAGGAGAGAGAGAGAGAGGUUGAUCUGCAUUUCAUGAAAAAGAUCCCUCCUGGAGCUGAGGCUUCAAACAUUUUGGUCGGUGAGCUUGAAUUCCUGGAACGUGCGGUAGUGGCUUUUGUUAGGUUGUCUCCUGCCGUACUGCUUUCGGGACUGGCAGAGGUUCCAAUUCCGACAAGAUUUUUAUUCAUUCUCCUGGGACCUCUAGGAAAAGGCCAACAGUACCAUGAGAUUGGAAGGUCAAUUGGAACAUUAAUGACAGAUGAGGUAUUUCAUGAUGUUGCAUACAAAGCUAAAGAUCGGAAUGACUUGCUUGCUGGAAUCGAUGAGUUUCUUGAUCAGGUGACUGUUCUUCCUCCUGGAGAGUGGGACCCAGCAAUUCGUAUAGAACCUCCCAAAAACAUCCCUUCCCAGGAAAAGCGUAAGAUUCCCAGCGUGCCAAAUGGAACUGCUGCCCAUGGAGACCCAGAGCCACUUGGAGGACACUCAGGGCCAGAAUUGCAACGUACUGGAAAGCUUUUUGGAGGCUUAAUUUUAGAUAUCAAGAGGAAAGUGCCAUUCUUUUUGAGUGACUUCACGGACGCAUUCAGUUUGCAGUGUCUCGCAUCAUUUCUGUUUCUCUACUGUGCGUGUAUGUCUCCUGUUAUCACGUUCGGCGGUCUUCUGGGAGAAGCGACGGAAGGUCGUAUAAGUGCAAUAGAAUCUCUGUUUGGUGCGUCUAUGACUGGAAUCGCCUACUCACUUUUUGGUGGGCAGCCACUUACCAUCUUGGGCAGCACAGGACCAGUUCUGGUCUUUGAAAAGAUAUUAUUCAAAUUUUGCAAAGAUUAUGGGCUAUCUUACCUUUCUUUGAGAGCGAGUAUUGGCUUAUGGACAGCAACUCUGUGCCUCAUUCUGGUUGCAACAGAUGCAAGUUCCCUCGUCUGCUACAUUACUCGCUUUACGGAAGAAGCUUUUGCAUCCCUUAUCUGCAUCAUUUUCAUUUAUGAGGCCUUAGAGAAACUCUUUCAUCUCAGCGAGACAUAUCCAAUCAACAUGCAUAACAAUUUGCAGCUACUGACACAAUACUCAUGCAGCUGUGUGGAGCCAAGCAACCCCAGCAAUAAUACUUUACAGUUCUGGGCAUCCGAGAAUAAGACUUCAAAUGAUAUAGCUUGGGGAAACCUGACUUGGAAAGAAUGUGAACUUUGGCAAGGGACAUUUGUAGGACGAGCCUGUGGACAUCAUGGUCCUUACGUCCCAGAUGUUCUCUUCUGGUCAGUCAUCUUAUUCUUUUCUACAGUUACUCUCUCAUCCACACUGAAGCAGUUCAAGACCAGCCGAUACUUCCCAACCAAGGUGCGGUCUGUAGUGAGUGACUUUGCCGUCUUUCUUACCAUCCUGUGCAUGGUCUUAGUUGACUAUGCCCUUGGGAUUCCAUCACCAAAGCUUCAGGUUCCAAAUGAAUUCAAGCCUACCAGAGAUGACCGUGGCUGGUUCGUUACACCUGUGGGUCCCAAUCCUUGGUGGACAGUGCUGGCGGCAGUAAUUCCAGCACUUCUUUGUACUAUUUUAAUAUUUAUGGACCAGCAGAUUACCGCAGUUAUCAUAAAUAGGAAAGAACAUAAACUAAAGAAAGGCUGUGGCUAUCACCUGGACUUGCUGAUGGUGGCCCUCAUGCUUGGCGUCUGCUCUCUCAUGGGCCUGCCCUGGUUUGUUGCCGCCACUGUCCUCUCCAUUUCUCACGUAAACAGCCUAAAGCUCGAGUCAGAAUGUUCUGCUCCGGGGGAGCAGCCCAAAUUUCUCGGCAUACGCGAACAACGGGUUACUGGGCUCAUGAUAUUUAUCCUCAUGGGGUCAUCUGUUUUUUUGACCAGGAUUCUUAAGUUUAUUCCCAUGCCUGUGCUUUAUGGUGUAUUUCUGUAUAUGGGUGCCUCUUCUCUAAAAGGAAUUCAGCUUUUUGAUAGAAUCAAGUUAUUCUGGAUGCCUGCCAAACACCAGCCAGACUUUAUCUACCUGAGGCACGUCCCACUCAGAAAAGUCCAUCUCUUCACAGUAAUCCAGCUGUCCUGCCUAGUUCUGCUGUGGGUUAUCAAGGCUUCAAGAGCUGCCAUUGUGUUCCCUAUGAUGGUCUUGGCACUGGUGUUUGUCAGAAAACUCAUGGACUUAUUUUUCACUAAACGGGAACUAAGCUGGCUAGAUGAUUUGAUGCCAGAGAGCAAGAAGAAAAAACUUGAAGAUGCUGAAAAAGAGGAGGAGCAAAGUAUGUUGGCAUUGGAAGAGGAAGGCACAGUGCAGUUACCACUUGAGGGGCCCUACAGAGAUGACCCAUCUGUAAUAAAUAUUUCUGAUGAGAUGUCAAAAACAACUGUGUGGAAGACGAUGUUGAUAACAGAAAAUACCAAGGAUAAGGAGUCCAGCUUUCCUUCAAAAAGCACUGAAAGCCGAAAAGAGAAGAAAGGUGACUCAGGGAAAGGUGUGGACCGCGAGACUUGUCUAUGAUGUGCUCUUCAAUUUGUUUGUUUUUUAUAUAAGCAAAUGCGAGGAGUGCCACAAACGUAACUGUACCCAGUUUGAUCAAUUCAUUGUGUGUACAACCUGUCUUUCCUCCCACAGUAGCACUGGUAAUGUAAGUAGUGCAAUAUGUGCUUCGGUUCACUGUCUUGUUUAUCCACUGGCCAUACUCCAUGCCAGAAUCGACCAUAGCCAGUGAAGGGAUCCUGUGCUUUCCUUGCUGGGAUGCAAGACCCUUUGAACCUGUGUCCAUUCAAGAAAAUGAGCAAUGUGUCCGUUCAAACUUCUCUCACAGUAGGUUUGGACUGUACUUUUCCUACUUUGCCUGUGCAACGUAUGGUCCUCGCUUUCUCCAUCUCCGAAAGCAAACUUGAAAUAGCACCCCAUUCUUUUUCUAGCAUAGCUUUCAGCCAGCUAUUUCAAGAGACCCAAAGUAACAAUGAAAUGUUAGUUUUAGAGCUAUUUUUAAAACAAGGAGCAUCUUGAUCCUGCAAAGCGUAAGAAUGACCCCCACCUCUCAUCAUUAAAAUCAUGGCUUUUAUGUAUGUACGUAUGAACGGAUGUGUGUAUGGAAGUAUGUGUGUAUGUGUGUGAGACUAAUUGGAUCAGACCCUAUAUUUGUGCAAUUUUCCUUGAUUUAAUACUGGAUAUUUAAUAUUUAAAUUUAUAUGUAACUGGAAAAUAUAAAGUAAUAUAAUAUAUAAAGAUACGUAGGCUAUAGUAAAACAUUCUCUCAUCUUGUUUGGAAGAAAAGCCACAUCCGCUGAUGUGCAAUAUUAAUACAAUAUUUGUUGUGAAAGCAAGCUGUUAUUGCAAUAUCUUAUAUUGUACUGUACUAAAUGUUGCAGUGGUGAGUUUUAACAGCUGCAUUGUGGUGGUAAAACAAUCCACAUUUUUCUAGCUUUCCAGCUUCAAGUCCUUUACAGGCAAGUGCAGUAAGGUUACGUUCCUUCCUCCCAGGGCUGAUCCGUAAGCCCACGGAUGCUUAAAACCUUUGAAUACUCUCCUUACAUUCCUUUUAUGAUGUUCUGCACUUAUCUGGUUAUGGAUAGGUACUGAUUUGAUCCAGGUAUAAAUUCUAUGUCUAUUUUUGCUAGAGUGCUUAUUUCAUUAUUUUAUCAGAUGUUUGCUAUUUUUUAAAAAAAUGCAUUGUAUGCAUUUGCACUUGGUCAAUAAACUCUGGUUACCGUCUAGCCAAAGUUAAGCAGUCUGAGACACAAUGGAUUUUGGAGGAAGUCAUUUGGGCAUGUGCUUAUCUCUGAUAUCCAUGGGACUGAAAUAGGUUUUAGAUCAUGCCUUGAUUGUAUUCCCCAAUGCAAAUGGAGCUUGAAAUCACAAUUUCAUCAAAAUGAAUGGGGGCUGUGAAACAUUUCAACAGGCCCAGUUAUUGCCAUAAUGCUCUAGUUUUGCAGAAUGAAACAGAAUUCCUACUUGACCUUUCUUGGGAGUUGAAUUGGAAUUUUAGGGUGAAAGGUAAGCAUUGUCACAGAGGUUUUAAUUCAGACUUUUUUUGUAUAUGCCAUAUAGUUUGUGUUGUCUUGCUAAGAGUUUAACAGUAGCCAAACUAUCGUUUUUAAUGUCAGAACAUGGUAGUAUCUGCCCCGGAGAGGAUUUCCCCCUCUAUUUGUUUUCCUACAGGGAACAGAAAAAGAUUUUGAGGAAAUUCAUUAGAACCCUUUUCUCUCUCCUUCCAAGUUGGCAGAAGUUAGGCAGUAAAGCACAAACCACCACCUAUAGCGAAAGGGUUGUACUUUGCUGGGGAGAUCUAGCCAUAGUGUUUCUCCCCAUGACCCUCAUAUACAUAUGCUUGGAACAUGUUCAAGUAAUGGAGAUGUGCAGAACAUGACAGAAUUUGUAUGGAGGGGAACAAAGUAGCUGGAUCUUCACAAAAGUAGAUCAUUGGCCAUCCCUUGGAAGGUAGCAGACUAGUGCUUUGUUGUGCACACUUUUGAGAAGGAGGGAUUGUAUUUAAAAUAAGAGACAGUACUGAAAAUUUUAAAGUUUGCUUUUAUGUUUUUAAUUGUUUUGGGGGGAAAUGUUUAUUACUUUUUGUUUUGUCGUUUUUCUUUUUAAAUCAGAUUUUGGAACAGUGUUUAGAAUAGCAAGGAACUGAGACCAUUUCAGUGUCCAAGGCUUUGAUCCCAGCUUUUGAUUUUCAGAUUUUCUCAGCUUAGUGGAAUAACCCUUAGCCAAUUUGAUAGCACUCACAGUAAAUAGGGUGACUUUACUGGCACUGGGUUGCUGUAUGUUUUCCGGGCUGUAUGGCCGUGUUCCAGAAGUAUUCUCUCCUGACGUUUCGCCCACAUCUAUGGCAGGCAUCCUCAGAGGUUGUGAAGAUGCCUGCCAUAGAUGUGGGUGAAACGUCAGGAGAGAAUACUUCUGGAACAUGGCCAUACAGCCCAGAAAACAUACAGCAACUCUGUGAUCCCGGCCAUGAAAGCCUUCAACAAUACAUUUACUGGCACUGCUAUAGGAUAGUGAUUCCCAAGCUUUGGUCUUCCAGAUAGUUUGGGCUUCAGUUCCCAGAAUUCCUAAUAAUUGCCAAGUUGGUGGUGGCUUUUGAGAACUGAAGUCCAAGAAAUUUGGAGGGGCAAAGUUAGGAAAGCACUGCUCUAGGGGGAUUCUGUGCAAAAUCAAUGGGUUAUGGUCAUCUCCUUAUUCAUAAUAAAGGCAGUAGAGGUUCUGGCACUUUUCCUUUGAAAUCAGUAGUGCACAUCAUACUUGAAGCAGAGCUGUUCUGUCCUUUAUAAAGUUGGCAAAUUCAUAGCUUUAGGCAUGUGUAGACAUCCAAGGAUUUUGCAGGGAAAAAAGUCAAUUCAUGCUCUACAGACCUUGCACAUAAUCCUCCUAUAGCUGUGAUUCCCAACCUUUGGUCUACUAGCUAUUUCUUUUAACUUGGAAACUCUUUGAGCACAUCUGAUCCAAGGUAGACCCCAUGGGAUGUUUCAGUUACUUUUGGUUUCUUGCUUGCUUAUCUUCAGACUGUCGAUACCUGGAUCUCCUGAUAGUUGGCAAGCAAGAGGCCAAAGUACCCAAUGAUUGCAGCUAAUGUGGACAUAGUCACCCAAAAAACCUCCAAAAAACAGGUGCCAUCAGCCAGGAGUAAAUGCCAUGUUGCAUCUCUAACAGGCCCAGAUUAGCUCCGUAUUCUAUAUGCCUUCUUACUCUAAACAUGACAUCCCACCAAGUGUCCUUGUGCCAAAAAGUAGACUAAAACAGGUGGUGGUGAUGAAAAGAAAGUGUUUCUAGGGUUACUUUUUGGUCCACGGAAGUUUAUGUUAGAAAAUUCUUGGUAUCAUCCAGUCUUCAAAUAUGAUUCAACUAUUGUAUUUAUUUAAAUAAAUAAAAUGCAGAAUAUACGUAAAUGUAUGUAUAAAUUUAGAUUAAAAUGCAGCUCAUUUAAGACAGAUUUUUUGUUACUGUGCACUUAAAGAUCAAUUGUAACAUUCCAGUUGUUUUAAGGCAGCCAUAGCAUAACAAUGCAGGGCACAUUUGGGCCUGGAAAGAGAUUGCUGUUGUAAUUAAUAGGUUGCUGAUGUUCUAUAUCAAAACAAACAAAAUAAAAAAAUCUUGCCUAUCUAGCCUUCUGGAUCUUAUGAAAUCAAUGUAUUGAAUGGCACCCUGCAUCAUUUCUGUUCAAUAUUUUUGAGUUAUUUUAAAGAUAAUGCUGUUUUUUCUUUGAAUUCCAAUGCUAUUCCUGUGCUAAUCUCAAGAUUUUAAAAUCACAAAGAGAGCAUAAACUGCAAAUAACUAGCAUUUAUUUACUUUUAAUUUCAUAUUUCUUUGUCACAAAUUGCUGAAUUUCUUGGAUGUACUUUAUUACAAAGGUUUAAAUAAAGUGUACAUGUGAAUAGAAUACUGUGUUUUUCACAUCUUUAAGAGAUGUUAAGUGGAAAUAAAAUAUUUAUCCUA